CUCGUCUCCAAACUUCAAGAUGGCGGUGGCUGGAUAGAACAAGAGAAGUUUUGCCCACAAACAUUACUAAAUUGCUGAAAACCUUUUCAGUCUUUCCACCCAAGCAUCCCUCCGGUAGUAGAUCUGUUUAAAAACGGAGUAGUUUCUCGCCUUGUUGGCGCCAGAGUCGAUGUCAGUGUUGUGUUCGUGUGUCUCCAGAGCACGAGUUGGGAUCUCACCACCGGACACCGUCCAGGCUUCACCCAUCCAGUCUGCAAGCACAAUCCCUCUGGCCCCGGCAGAGUCAGAUCACACCAGCCCCAGCCCUGCCCUGUCCCCAUCUGAGGUUAUACCUGCCUCCUGCCCCUGGUGCAACAUGACGGAAUAUCAACAUGAACCCCAGUACUACCAUAUCAUAGUUCGGAUUGCGGUGGCCUGUAAGGGUGCGACGUCCGUGUUCCUGGCCAAACACCGCCCCACCGACACCUUCGUGUCCAUCCGCAGGACCAACCUGGACCACUUCAGCCUGGACUAUGACAUCUACACCGGACUGCAGCACGAGAUCCACAUGACCAGGCUGUUCCAUCAUGGGCACAUCCUCCCCUAUCACUGCACCUUUGUCAGUGGCAAUGAGCUCUGGAUAGUGGCACCUUUCAUGUCAUUCGGUUCGUGUCGUGAUUUGAUCAACUCCCACUUUACGGACGGCCUGGGAGAGACAACCAUCGCCUGUAUACUGAGAGAUGUGCUGUUGGCACUGGACUAUAUACACAAGAUGGGAUAUGUACAUAGAAGUGUGAAGGGGACCCAUAUUCUGAUCUCGGAGCGAGGCCAGGUGUGUCUGACAGGACUCAGACACUCCAUCAGUAUGAUGGGAGGGGGGUACUGUAGAUGGGAGAGGGUGGGAUCGCUACAUGAGUACCACUGUAACAGUAUCAACACACUGCCCUGGUUCAGUCCUGAACUACUGGAACAGAACCUGAUUGGCUACGACACGUCCACAGACAUCUACAGCUUGGGCAUCACAGCUUGUGAGCUGGCCAAUGGCAUCGUGCCGUUUUCUGACAUGCCUGCAACUCAGAUGUUGCUGGAAAAGCUAAACGGGACGAUGCCUCGACUCCUCGACGCCACCACGCUACCCAACGUAGACGACGACGCCCUGACCAGUGCAGGAGGGGAUUCUGGGAUAGGCGGCAGCAUGGCUACGUCGAGCAUGAUGCGCAGCGAACAGUUGCCGUACCAACGGGUCUUCUCUCCGCAGUUUCACGAGUUUGUGUUCCUGUGUCUCCAGAGAGAACCUGCGGACAGACCCACGGCUAGUCAGCUCCUCACACACUCCUUCUUCAAACAGGUGAGAAGAAAAUCGGCAGAGAACCUGAUUGAGUUGCUGCACCCCAUCAAACCGCUGACAGAGACCCCCCACUGGCCUAAAGAUGCGGAUGGGAGUAUAGAGAACAACAUUGCUAAGAUAGAGGAGCUGGAUCUGAAGGAUGAAGAAGAAUGGGACUUCUAGGAAAACGUCACGUUCAGACACGUUCUAGAUAUUGAACAUUUCUUUCCUGUUUUAUACAGUCAAAACUGCCCAAGAAGACCACUCAGGGGACUGACAAAAU